AUGGCAUCAGGAGAUUCGCAAGAGUUGGAUUAUUUCACAGAAAAAAUGGAGUCAGAUGACGAUCGUAUAGACAUAAUUUUGUCGCAAAUGCCGUUGCUUGAGAACGAAGAAGUCGAAGUUGCUGUCUUCGAAACUAUAAUGGAGAAAGAGGAUGACGAAGUAAGUCAUGUUUCGGAAGGUGAAAUGAUGGAAAGUGUGGGAAAGAUAGAGGAAGAAGGAGGCAAAGGUAGUCCUGGUCACGAACGUCAAAAAAAGAAAGAACAAAGAAGUACAGAGGAAGAAAGACGUGAGGCCAGUAGAGGUGAAGAUGAAAGUGCGAUUGAAAUAGGAAAUGUAGACGAAGAAGCGGAAAAUGUAACGGAAAAAGAAUUGUUGGAGAAGAAAAGGAUAAUUGAUCGCGAGAAAAGGGAAAUUGAACAAAAACUAAGAGAGAUAAAGGAGAAAAGAAAUGUCGAUAACAAAAAAAAAAAGGGCUGCGGAAUUGCUGCGGUAUCGAAGGUAUCCUGA